CUUAUCACAUUCCAUCCCUAUAAAUAAUCCCCUCACAUUACCCCAUCACUCAAACACAACCAAAAUCCCACAAAAACAUUCAAUCUUUCUCUAAUUUGCAUCAAUGGAGAACAAAGAAGAGGACGUCCGAGUCGGAGCCAACAAAUUCCACGAGCACCAGCCGAUCGGCACGGCGGCGCAGAGCCAGGACAAGGACUACAAGGAGCCCCCUCCGGCCCCCUUCAUCGACGCCGCUGAAUUCGCCUCGUGGUCGUUCUACCGUGCCGGCAUCGCCGAGUUCAUCGCCACCUUCCUCUUCCUCUACAUCACCGUCCUCACCGUCAUGGGCGUCAGCAAAUCCGACUCCAAAUGCGCCACCGUCGGCAUCCAGGGCAUCGCCUGGGCCUUCGGCGGAAUGAUCUUCGCCCUCGUCUACUGCACCGCCGGGAUCUCCGGCGGCCACAUCAACCCGGCCGUGACCUUCGGGCUCUUCCUCGCGAGGAAGCUGUCGCUCAACCGGGCGGUGUUCUACAUGGUGAUGCAGUGCCUCGGCGCCAUCUGCGGCGCCGGGGUCGUGAAGGGGUUCGGGAAGAGCCUCUACAUGGCCAAGGGCGGCGGCGCGAAUGUCGUCGCGCACGGCUACACCAAGGGGAGCGGCCUUGGCGCGGAGAUUGUUGGCACUUUCGUGCUUGUCUACACCGUCUUCUCUGCCACUGACGCCAAGCGCAGCGCCAGAGACUCUCAUGUCCCAAUAUUGGCUCCGUUGCCAAUUGGGUUCGCGGUGUUCUUGGUGCACUUGGCCACGAUCCCGAUCACCGGGACCGGUAUCAACCCGGCCAGGAGUCUCGGGGCGGCAAUCAUCUACAACAAGAGCCACGCGUGGGACGACCACUGGGUGUUCUGGGUCGGACCAUUCAUCGGGGCAGCACUUGCGGCUCUCUACCAUCAAGUGGUGAUCAGAGCAAUUCCGUUCAAGUCCAAGUGAAGACUCUGAUUGCUUUUUUCAAUUUGUGUAAUCUCAUAAUAUUUAGGGCUUAUUUUUUUUCUCCAAUGUUUUUGGUAUUUGAUUUGAGUUUGCUUUGCCCAGUUGUAUUGUAAAGUGUAUCAUUUAAGUAAUAAUCUUAUAAUGGGUUUGGAAUUA